AUGCAUUACCAAAGUGUGGUGUUCUCAGCCACGGGUUGUGGGACAACACUGGACCACGCUAUUACCAUCGUUGGGUAUGGGAAUGGGACGACUGAGGACAGCACCAAGUAUUGGUUACUCAAGAAUCAAUGGGGUGAGAGCUGGGGGGUGAAUGGCUAUAUGAAAAUUCUUACGAAUGCUGGUCCCCCAGAAGGUGUUUGUGGCCUGGUUCCUAUCCGACAGCAUAAUCUAUAUAUUGAUCAAAGCAAAGGAGGAGAUGUAAUCUUCUCAACUUCACCUAUAUAG